AAUAAAUCCAUGAAAAUAUUAAUUAAAACUUAAUUAAUUUUACACUUUAAGAUUAAUAAAAUGAUAUUUUUGAGCACUAAUCACUCAGCAUGAGGAUCCUGCCUCAACCGGGAACUUGAUGGUUGGUCGCGCCUUCAAGCUGACCAAGGAGAGAAUCACCAAAAUCGCGAAGCACGAAUGCUGCCGAGAGGCAAUGGCGGCUACGGAGACAAUGGGUGUUGACCCAAUUCUGAACCGUGUGCUGAACAAGUUCACUAGUGCCGUGCUAACCCUUACUGCAGGCCGCAUCCGCCUAGGUGCUGUCACCGAGCAGGCCAGGACCUCGGAGCAACGGCACGAGGACGAACUCAAAGCUGUUGAGGCCAGACAUGCUGAUCAGCUGGCGGCAGUGACUGCGGAAAAGGCCCAACUGGCUAAGGAGUUGGAGGAGAAGCUGAAGUCUCUGGAAAAAGCCCGCGAGCAGAGGGACCAAUACAAGGAGUCCAACCGCUCUAACUAUAAAGUGGCUAAGCAGCUUGAGCUAGACUUAAUCGCAAGCAGGCAAGAAACAAGAGAUUUGGAGGGUCGAGUUGAAAACUUGGAGAAGACCAACGCUGCCAACUUCGAGAGGUACAAAAAUGCCACCCUGAGGUGCUUCUACGAUUUCUGGAAGCAUAAUCAGGGUGCCAAUUUUGACUGUCUUCCUGAAAACGCGAGGGAAGCUGAGCUGGCUCGCUGCGCAGCUCAGUUGGCUGAAGAAGAAAGAUCGAGGGUCCCUGCUUCCCCCGAAAUCUCGCUGGCCGCUGGGAUGGAGGGUGUAGACAAUGAAGCUGUCGACUAGAACCUUCCCCAUGAUCCUCCAGCUCCUCAGUCUUUUCUAUUUAUAUUUCUUUCCUUUUUUUUUUAACUACACGACCUAUGGGUCGUGAUGUAAAGACAAUGAUUUUUUGGUUUGCUGCACGGGCAGCUUUUACUUUCAUUUUUGGACAAUUACAUCCAAGCAGUUACUGCUUGCGGUGUAAAAGGAUCGCUUUGAUAUUAUAAUAUAUUUGCAUAUUAUUAUGACAUCUAUUUGUUCGCAUGACCGAACUUAGAAUAACACUUUGGUUUGAUUUAACAAAAUAUCAAAAUUUUGAAAAAUACUCUAAGUGCCCUAGCAUGCUUUCACUUAUUUUGCUCAUGUGUUUACAUAUCUUUUAACGAUAUGCUUUGCUUACUUGUACCUUGUAUGCCCCCCAAGUGAUCGGGGAGCUUUAGGUCCUUGGUCACUUGCCUUGACUAGAACCUGCCCGAACGUUACUGCUCGUAGUAAUGGAAUUAAAAUUAUAAUACAGCAAAACAACACACGUAAUGAGCAAAUACUUGUAAUAAAUACAAUAGUUGGCAAGAAAUGA